UUAAAUAUCCUACAUACUUCCUUAAUUAGAUUAAGACGGAUUUGUAAGCAAAAACAUUGGUAUAACAAGAUCAAAAUACUUCACCAUGGAAGACAUACACCUGUGAUUACAAUUUUACCUGAUUGGCAUGAAAGGGAAUAUGCCAUUAUGGUGCUUACAAUUUUCAUGGUACAGUCUGCUGUUUGUGUGUACAGUUUUAUAUUUUGUGUAGAAGGUUGUAGGAGAAAUUCCGACAAUUCUAACAGAAUAAUCGUCAGAGUAAAUAACGAAACCAUCCCAGAAAAUCAUAGACUAAAAUGUACAGACAAUGAGACUCGAUCAUUAGCCUGUUUGAAUGGAGGGUCAUGCUUUGCUGUAUAUAUAGAAGACAGAACAGUGCAAUGUGCAUGUGUAACUAAGUAUAUUGGUAGUCGUUGUGAAAUGAUAGAUCCUGAAAUUAUAUUUGAGCAAUAUGAAACGAGACAGAGAAAAGUCAAAAUAGCAUGCAUUUCAGGUUUUGGAGGAGUAGGCUACGUAUUACUAAUAAUCGUUCUAGCAGUUGUGUACAAACUAUGUACAAAGAAGAGUGAUGAUAUUCGGAACAGCGACGAAUCAGCAAUACCUUUGAACCCAGACGACAGUAAACAAAGAACACAGCAAGAGAUUAAGGAGACAGAAUUAAUCUAACGGUUAAUGUGUAUCUAUAACGAGAUAUUGUGUCAUUAACUGUGCAGUUUGAUGCAAACUAAGCGUAACGUGAAAACGGCAAGGACAAGAUUAAUUCGGCGGUAACGCCACGUUAUGCGUAUAACACUAAAUCGAAAAAGACAGUAAAUGAUCAUUUAAAACUCUGCAUUUACGUGAAAGACCCGUUUUUAGAAUUGAACUGGUACAGACAAAGGAUAACACGUGAUCAGAAGUCGUAGAUACUCAAAAGACUAAUUCUGGGACAUCGUUGGAACAAAUUGCGAAAGAAAGAAGUCUACGUUCAUGUAAAAUAUUUUCACUUCAAAAAUAUUUGCAAGAAUUUUUCCUACACCACUGAAAAAUCUGUAGUUGUCUUUAAAAAUAACGUUCUUGUUUGAGCACAACACUAAAUCAACUGAUUAAUAAAAGAUGAAAGAUUUGUUUUUUACAAUUCACUAAACCAAACAUUCAUACACCUACAUUUGUACGUCAGCAACUUAAGAAAAAUCUUGAAAAAACAUGAGUUGUUUUAUGUUAGUUUUUACCAACGAUCUGAAUAAGCCUUCACUUCAAUCAUUAGUUAUAAGUCCGUUGAAAUUUUCAUUCAAAGAAUGGUAUUAUUGAAGACUGGACAUUUUUUCUCUUCACUUCUGGUUUAGAAUAGGUGUUAAAUAAAAUAUGGUUCAGUUCAAUUGGAUCAGAUUAUAUUAUAGUUUCAGAAUAAAACAUAGUUCACAUACAUGUCCAAUUCAAAACCGAUCAUACAAGAUAUAUUAUCAUGUUACUAAAAAUGGAAUUCUAGAUAUCAUUUCAUUUCGUAUUUAUGUUGAAGCAAAGCUUUGCGUAUGUUAGUGAAGUAAAGUUUUGCGUGCAAUGAAUUUGUAAAUAGAUAAGGCGUGGUUACAUAUGAUUUGUCUUAUUUUGAAAAGAUAGAGAAUAUUGAAAAAUAUAAAAUUUUGCUAAAGAAAAAUAACUGUUUUAAGAUUCAAUAACUGCUCGCUUUGAAACAAAAUAUCUUAUUAAGAAUAAAAAUGCUAGGUGAUCCCCCGGAGAGUUUUGUAUUUCACUGCUUAUAAAUGAAUAUAUUGUCAUGAAAACGUCAAUCAAGUAUGCAUACCCGACAUCGUAUACAUGUUCGAAUAGUACUAUCUUCACGAAAAUUUUGGGAAAAGAUGUUAAUCAUGUUCAUAUCUUAUAUAAUAUAAGUAUUUAUAUUUAUUUGAUUUUAAAAACAAUUUUUUUCAGGGGAGUAAUGAUAAUAAAACUUUUAUUAAAAUCUAUUGUUAAGGUUAGAUAAACAUUUUUAAUCAUGGUGAUUUAUUAACGUCCAGUGACAAAUAGUUCAAGCAAAACGAGUUCAAUUACAUAGACCAUGAGAAAAGUUGAUUGUUUUACUGAAAAUAUUUAUUCCGACACAAUGAAAUCAAGUACAAGUUUAACAACACAAAAAGGGAACGUGUGGUUACGCUAUGGAGGGAGAAAAUCAAGAACAAU